AUGUCAAGUGAAAAUAUCGCUGGUAAUUCAAUGCCGGUCGAUAAGCCACCAACACAGCAAAGCAAGCAAGAAGACUCUCCGGGCCUAAACACAGGAACAAAUGGAGCUGCCGGAACUCCCCAAGACAAACGGGUACAAUGGUCUGAAGGUGACCCAAUUCCCACGGACACAGAGGGCCCUGGCGACGACGACCCCAACGACGAGACCAAAAAGCAGCAGAUUGAGGAUUUGAAAAUGAAGCUCCAGGGAGGCAAUAAGAAUGCUCAGGUCCCCGCCGGUCGAGAGACGGAUCUUCUUCCCCCAGGACAGCAGACGAACACUGCGCGUUUCGACCAGUAUUUGAACUUUGAAGGCGCAGAUGGCGAGUUUACCAUCCCGGAAGGGGAGACGGAGGGACUGCCCUCGCUCGCAGCGAGAAAGAGGAUCACUAAGGACAAGUCUAAGGUUGGCAACUGGCUGGGCAAGAUCAUGAAGCCCAACGAGGGCAUUGAUCAGAAGGACGUCGAAGCCAAUAUCGAAGAGAACAGAUCGGAGAUGUCAUCAGACGAAGACGAAAUGCCGCCUCCAGCGACAACUGGUCCUACUAGUGUACUGGGUGGUUUGAUGGCUUUAAAGGAGGCUGAUAAGUCUGGCAGCUCAACUCCUACGACUAGCGAAAAAAGCAUGCCAUUAUCAGACAGUGAUAAGGACCUCAACGAGAAAGACGACGAGAAGGACGACUUGAAGCCGCCUCAGGGACCAGCUAUUGUAGUUGACGAGGAGAAGCAAGCGCCCCAGAUCACGCCAACGCCAAGUCACGCCGAUUCAAAUUCUGAGACUCCAACCCUCGUUCAAACUCCAGGUGGCUCUACUAAGCCAUCGUCAUCACUCAGUCAUUCGUUCGCCAAGUACAACCCAGCAGCACUCGCCGCAAAGGGUAUGCAUAAAGGUGUACACAGUGCUAUGUCAGUCGCUUCUACACCAGGUAAGAUGGCUGAAAAGGUUUUCAAUGAAGCCAGAAAGACACCUUCGCAGAAAGCAGAGCGCAGGAGAAGGCGCAAAGAGCAGAAGAAGAAUGAGAUUAUGCUCAAUCUGGCUGCUCUUAUCGAACGUCAGGAGUUCCUCCUUAAGCUCACACGUGCAUUGAUGAUGUUUGGUUCGCCAUCACAUCGUCUCGAAUCGGUCAUCCAAAACACAGGAAAGUUUUUAGAGGCGCCUGUUCAAUGUAUGUUUACUCCUGGUGUGAUGACAAUGUCAUUUUCGGAUCCAAGUACUCGCACUUCAGAUACAAAGUUCAUCAAACAGGCUUCUGGUCUUGAUUUGGCUCGAUUGCCAGAUACACACGCUCUUUAUUCGGAUGUUCUUCAUGGUAAGAUAAGCGUUACUGAGGCAUCAGCUAAGCUUGAUGAAAUUAUGCUCUCACCACCAACAUACAACGCUUUCACUACUGUUUGUAUUGGUAUGUUGUGUUCAGCUUCUAUCACGCCAAUGGCUUUUGAUGGAUCAUUCAUCGAUGCACUCAUGGCGGCUGUACUCGGUGCUGUUCUUGUUAUUACGCAAAUGCUGGUAGCUAAGAAGGACACGUUUAGUAGCAUUUUUGAAAUCCUUAUCGCAUCAUUCAACUCUUUCAUAGCUGCAUGUUUGGCUUACAGUCGUUACUUCUGUUUCAAAGCUGUUGUUUCUGGUUCGAUUGUGUUGAUCUUGCCUGGAUUCAUUAUUUUAUGUGGAUCUUUGGAGUUGACUUCACGUAACAUUACAUCGGGCUCAGUACGAAUGUUUUACGCCAUUAUCUACGCUUUACUCCUUGGAUUCGGACUCGGAUUUGGUGCACAAUUGUGGUACUUGUUUACUGGUCAAGUUAUUGACUCUACAGACGACUGCUCUGCAAUUCAAUCCGUACCUGGUCAAAACUGGUACAUGAGACAUGCACCAGAUGAGUACAAUAUUCUAUUGGCUCCAUUGUUCGUAUUAGGAUUGGCUUUGCGUAAUCAGACUCGUAUUAUCAGCUGGGAAUUAAUACUCAUGAUAUUGAUCGGCUGUACAGGGUACACAGUCAACUACUUCUCUACAAACAACAAUCGUUUUGAAGGUAGGGCUGACAUAUCAUCAGCUCUCGCUAGUUUCACUGUUGGUAUAAUUGGAAAUGUUAUUGGUAGGCUAUCUCCACACUCUGCUUAUGUGUUGAUGGUUCCUGGUAUUCUUUUCGUCCUUCCAUCUGGAUUCGGACAAUUUGGUUUGCUUAGUUUCGCCAACGUUGGAGGUAGUGAAAGCAGCAGUGCGGCACAACAAACGAGCGCAACACAAGCAAUUGCGCAGAACUUGAUCAGUAUCGCUAAUGGAUUGACUGUUGGACUUUUCCUUAGUUCGGCACUUAUCAACCCAGCUAGUUCAUCAUCUAGACGUAAUCAAGCAGCCAACUUUUCAUUCUAG